CGUAUACUUGCUUUCUGCGCUUUCAAAACGUAAUUUGUUAGCAAAAUCUGGGGACCGGAUGUAUUCAUGAGACGAAAUGUUUGCUUCGUUAUUUGUUUCACGGUGGCAGUAACGCUUUGACCAGAGUGGGUCGCGGUUUGAUGACGUCCCGAGUAGAGGCGGAGCUCCGGUUGUUGUGGAGAGGUUCCGUGGAAGGAAGGGGGUGGUGCAAGGAUUUGCAGCGGGGAGUAAGCGGUACCGAGGGAGGAAAGGAGGGCUCAGGAACAUGCACAGCCUGGCCACGGCGGCGCCUGUGCCGGCAGCUCUUGCUCAGGUGGAUCGAGAGAAAAUCUAUCAGUGGAUUAAUGAGUUGUCCAGCCCUGAUACCCGCGAGAAUGCCUUGCUCGAGCUCAGCAAAAAGCGUGAAUCCGUUCCAGACCUUGCUCCUAUGCUGUGGCACUCCUUCGGCACAAUAGCAGCACUUCUACAGGAAAUUGUGAAUAUCUAUCCCUCAAUAAAUCCACCAACUUUGACCGCACAUCAGUCUAACAGAGUCUGCAAUGCUUUGGCACUGCUUCAGUGUGUGGCAUCGCACCCAGAAACCAGAUCUGCAUUUCUUGCUGCCCAUAUUCCUCUGUUCCUGUAUCCUUUCUUACACACUGUCAGUAAGACUCGACCCUUUGAGUACCUGCGGCUCACCAGCCUAGGAGUCAUUGGUGCCCUUGUGAAAACGGACGAACAAGAAGUCAUAAACUUCCUCCUUACCACAGAAAUAAUCCCAUUGUGCCUACGUAUUAUGGAGUCUGGAAGUGAACUCUCCAAAACAGUUGCCACUUUUAUUCUUCAGAAGAUUCUCCUAGAUGAUACGGGUUUGGCCUAUAUUUGCCAAACUUAUGAGCGCUUCUCUCAUGUUGCAAUGAUUUUGGGGAAAAUGGUCCUACAGCUUUCAAAGGAGCCAUCUGCAAGGUUGCUGAAACAUGUAGUACGCUGUUACCUCCGCCUCUCAGACAAUCCAAGAGCGAGAGAGGCAUUGAGGCAGUGUUUGCCCGACCAGCUAAAGGAUACCACUUUUGCACAGGUACUUAAGGAUGAUACCACAACCAAGCGCUGGCUGGCUCAGCUUGUCAAGAACCUGCAAGAAGGUCAGGUCACUGACCCUAGAGGAAUACCCCUGCCUCCCCAGUAAUAUCUGCACAGACGGCAAAAUGUGAAGCUGCUUGUAUAAGUUUGCAGAGCAAACAGCAGGAGGAGAAGAAUAUAAUGGGAAAAUUUAAAAGUUGGCACUAAUUUUUCUUGCUUCCUGGUAUAGUCCUGCUGCAUGGCAUCUAGAGGCAGCUGAACCACCUGACGUCUCAAGAAGGGUACAGAUCUCAGCACCAGCAACAAAAUAGGACUGCUCCAUAAAUUGGUUUGAUGUGGAACAAGAGAUGGCUGCUUUAGUAUCUGGUAUUCCGUGUUGCCGUAGUGCAGGAUGGUAUGAUCUGUCUUUUGGUGUGGGCAGUGAGCUACGUUUACUGUUACAAAAAAAAAAAAAAAAGUACAGUCAACAGACUUUAUCUGGAACAGUACAGUCUUCUAGCUCUAAUGGCCAAGGCUAAAUCGUUCCUCCACUGGUUGCCUUUUCUCCUCCUGUGCUUCAGCUUAUUCCAAACACUAGGGCAAGUUCCGCUAUUGAAUACAUGCUCUUUUUUUCAUCUGAUUUUUUGCGCAGCACAAGCUUUUCCUGCAGUACAGACUGUGAGCCCAUCUGAGUAACCAUUUCUGCAAGAUUUUGACUGUAAGUCAUAGAACAGCCUUGUUACUUCGAAGCAUUUGUCCAUUGACCCUUUAGGAACAAAUUGUUUAAUUAAAGCAUUUCCUAAUGCA